UUCUUUUAAUAUAGCGUGCCAGACUUCAAACGGCUAGUGUGCGUCAGCGUGCCUUAUCCGCUUUAAGGUCGUGGUCCCGUGACUUGGCUGUCAUUUCGCGCCGGAUGGCCCGAGCUGCCGGUCCAAUAAACCCAAGCUGGCCAACGUGACCCCCUGCCACAUCCAGCAAUUUCGUGGCCCCAAAACAAACCUCCUCCCACCACCACCCCGACCGCGGACUUUUGAGCAGAAAAAAAUCGAGAGCUGCUGUGCGAACGCGAUGCCGCCGAUCCACCGAAGUUUCCAGCCAAACAGACAGCGGACCCCUUGCCGGAUUGCGACACUUGCAGAGCAGCUCGUCGGGCACAGCAUGGGGUUGGGAUGAACACGACUGAAAGAGGGGGGUGGGUUUGGCGGUUUAUGCGGGGGAAGGGGGGAUGCCAUCGACGACCCUGGGCGCGAACUGAAGCCGACCGAGAUGGGGCUACCCACUCGAUAAUGUCUACUCGUCCGGUCCCAAAGCGGGAAAUCCAGCCAACUACUGUUCAUCUCAUCCACCCCGUCCUUUCCUUCGCAAGAGAGAUAGCGAUACCCCAUACAGAUCUACCAUCACAUCCAUAAGCCAGCUAGCCAACAUGUCCCGCACCACCACUGCCCUCGUUGCCCCCGAGCUCAACGGCAAGUUUGAGCUUCGCGAAGUCUACCUCGAUGCCCUCCAGGCCGAUGAGGUUCUCGUAGAGAUCCAGGCCUCCGGUCUCUGCCACACCGAUCUGUCAUGCGCCGUUGGCAUCUUGCCAUGCCGCCCCAACGCUGUUCUUGGUCAUGAGGGUGGUGGUGUCGUCGUCCAGACUGGUUCCGCUGUCUCCCAUGUCCAGCCCGGUGACAAAGUCCUCCUCUCUUUUACUCACUGCGAGACAUGUGCUGCUUGCACAUCCGGCCACCCGGCCUACUGCCACACCUUCAACGACCGCAACUUUGGCGGCGCCCGCCCAGAUGGCUCCUCUGCCAUGCUCACCAAGCCCGGGGGUGAGCCCAUUUACAGCACAUUCUUUGGACAGUCUUCCUUUGCCAGACACUCUCUUGUCCACCGGUCAUCUGUGGUCAGGGUCCCUGCUGAGACAGACCUUGCCCUCUAUGCCCCGUUGGGCUGCGGCAUGCAGACUGGCGCCGGCGCCGUGUUGAACUCUCUCAACGUCAAGGAGGGCAGCACUGUUGCUGUGUUUGGUGUUGGGUCGGUCGGCAUGGCUGCGGUCAUGGCUGCUGCCAAGAUCAGAAAGGCGAGAAUCGUCAUUGCUGUUGACCUGCAGCAGUCGAGGCUUGAUUUGGCCAAGGAGCUGGGCGCCACUCACGGUGUGCUUGGUAACGCCAAGGAUGUCGUGCAGCAGAUUCGGGAUAUCUGCCAGUCGAACGGCUGCGACUACGCCGUUGAUGCCACCGGUGUGCCGUUUGUGAUCAAGACCAUGAUUGACUCUCUGGGUACUCUCGGCAGAGCUUCCACUGUAGGUGCUCCCGGUCCUGGCAACAACGUUGCUGUUGACAUCAUGGACCACUUGACCUAUGGCAAGGAGUACGUCGGGUGCUGUGAGGGUGACAGCUUGCCCAAGGAGUUUGUGCCCUAUCUCAUCGAGCAGCAUCAAAAGGGCAACUUCCCGCUCGACAGGUUCAUCAAGUACUACGACUUCAAGGACUACGAGAAAGCCAUUGAGGAUAGCAAGACUGGUAGCGCCAUCAAGGCUGUUCUCAAGUGGUGAGGGGAGGAGGAAAAAGGGGGGAUGAACGAGAUAUGACAUGAUAUACAUACCAGAAUAUUUUAGUACACUUUAAUGAAGACGAAGAUGAAUUGACAUGUUCAGUGCCGCAAGAAGAGGGAGGUUG